AUGAGCUCUUCAGUAAUGAGAACUCUUCAGAUUCGUAAACCCAAUUCUCUCCCCGUCUCUUCCUCCGCAACCGCCGCCGAUGAGCCUGGUCUUCUCCGCCGUCGUCUCUCCUCUCUCUCCCUGAAUCUCUCACGCAAACAGCCUUCCGGUGAUUUUCCCAGAUCCAAAUCAGUCUCCGCCAUGGGAGAGCAAGGAGGUAGUAGCUCCUUGAAAGAAUGGUGGGAAUGGAGUUGGUCAUUGAUUCUUUUCAAGAAAUUACCAAUCUUCUUCACGGAUCUUGAGUUUAACAAGGACGGAACCAAAUCAUCGUCGUCGGGUAAUCAACAAAGAGGCGGCUUUGCUCAAGUCUUCUCCAUGCUCCGUCGUUCCUCCGACUCUCUCCCUCUCUCCUGCAAACAAGGACAGCGAUGA